AUGGAAGAAUCAAGUGAAGUGCAUUCUGAAGAGAAUAGGGUUUCUCCUGAGAAGAAUUUAAAAAGGACAGUCAAGACACCAGCCCAGGUUGUUGCUUUGGAGAACUUUUAUAAUGAGCACAAAUAUCCCACAGAGGAAAUGAAAUCAGAACUUGCAGACCAAAUAGGGUUGACAGAGAAGCAAAUAUCUAGCUGGUUUUGCCACAGAAGGCUAAAAGACAAAAGAUUGAAAGAUGAAGGAUGCACUAAUGGACGACAAGAUCGGUCUAGCGGUAUUAUUCAGGAUCGAGGGAGUGGAUUGAGGCAAGAUUCAUGUGGCAGUACUAAACAAGGUGAUUAUAGAAAUCUUGAUCCAAGGGAAGUUGAAAGCCAGAGACUUAACGGUCAAGAUUUUCAUACUGCUGAUCUAACAUAUGACCGUACGAGUCGCUAUACAGGGAAUGUUAGCGGCAUUGAUAAUACAUCUUCAGGAAGUAGCUCAUCGUUGCAAGAUAAGUUUGUUUCUCCAAGAGAGGAUCCUUAUGAUACAGAAGUCUCAAAGUACCUAGCACAGAAUGGAGCUGCCAUGCCGUUAAUUCCCAAGGGUGCUGAUAGUUUUGGGUAUAAACCAUCUGGAUAUUUGAAAGUGAAGGGCGAAAUUGAGAAUGCUGCUAUUACUGCUGUCAAAAUGCAGUUGGGAAGGCAUUAUAAGGAGGAUGGCCCACCUCUAGGUGUUGAAUUCCAGCCACUUCCUCCUGGUGCUUUUGCAUCCCCAAGUAGAGAUACAGUCAAUGGACCAAUCUAUGUGGGAGAUCUUGCUCGGAUGCGCUCUCCUGAUGCUUCUGGAGUUCGUAAGCAAUCUGCUAGAUAUGAAGUAUAUAGCAGCAAGAUGAGUUCUCGUGAUUCAUAUACAGAGGGAACAAAUUGUAAUCCCGAGCCCUCUGAUUCUCAGAACAGAAAAUCUCGUCACCAUCUAGAACAGAAGUCUACCUAUAAUGGUUCAAAUUCUAAUGCUGGUGGGAACUCUGCCAUGGAUAUGCCUGAUGAUCUUGCCGGGGAAACAUCAGCUUAUAUAAACAAAAGACAUUAUAGGAUGAGCUCUAAGCAUGGUUUUGAGGGGAGAAGAUCAGAUUCUCUUUCAACCCAUCUUGGUCUCAGUGGUAAGAGAGUUAAUAGCGAAAAGGCAGAAGCUUGGUUGCAUGAGUGUGAUAAUGACAAUCCUAAGAUAGUUCAAAGGAAUGAUUACAUGUCUAAGCCUUCACAAUUGAUGCUUGGAUCUGGAAAAUCUCUUGAUACAGAGGAGAGAGGACCGUGUACAAUGAUGGAAAAGGAGGACAAACUUUAUGGAGAAAUGAAGAGAAUGAAAGGCUCUCAUGAUUCAGUUAGAGUAAAGAGGCGUCCAACAGAUGAAACAACUGUUUCAAAAAGAUUCAGAGCAGACUUUCCACAGCAAGAACAUGUGGCAAAAACAUCAUUUUCUAAAAUGCGUCGAAGAACAAAUCUGACUGAAGGGUCUGCCAUGGAGAAGCCAUCUAGUUUCAGUGAGGAUGAAACUGCAGAAACCAGUUCUUCAGCAGAAUGA